GGUGCUAGUACUGGCGCGACCAGCGCAAAGGUCGCAUGCUCCCGCUGAGUUUUGAGUCUCAAACGUGUUCAGAUCGUGGUGGUUCGUGGUGUGCGUGCAACCAAAUUUCCAGUGGUUUUUGCGGGGCACGCCGAACAUGCAAAGAACAAAAAAUGAACGCCUGAAUUUGAAGAGAAACGUCAAGGAAAGCACAAGGACGCAAAGUUGCCAAAUAAAACACCAAACAUCCCUGCCGUUCUUUUGUGUGGCGAAAAUAAAUCCAAGUGCGCGGCAAAAAAAUGAAAACGCAAACAAAAAUACGUAGCCUGUCUUGCCCUUUUGCUAAACAAACUCUUCUCAGCUUAUCCACAACCUCUAAUCCGCAAAAUGUCCGCCGUCAUGAUGAUGCAAGGCUCUAUGAUGGCCCCGCAGCCGCUCACCGCGGGUAAGCAGAAUGUGGCGAUUUGAAAUUUGAUCAUGCGAAUGUAUGUAUGAGUAUUAGUAUACCUACGGAAAUGUCAUGCGUGAGAAUGCGAAUUACAUACUUUUGAUUUUGAAGCGACAAAAGAAACUAUAACUAAAUCUAAAUGUUGAUGCUCAGGUAUGCCGGACCCGUCCACCAUCGCGAAGCAGAAGGACUCGUAUAUGAAAAUGCUGGACGAGCAGGUUAAGCAGGGAACCCAGGUCCUGGAGGCCCAAGUGAAGCACCAGAAGGACUACCUGCUGGGGCAGGCGGACCAGCAGAAGAAACAGUUCAUCAUGCAGAUCGACAUGGAAGUCACUCAGCAACAGAUGGCGCUGGAUCAGCAGCGUAUGGAGCAGCUGAUGGCUUUGCAGCAGCAGGUUUGUGGGGGUUUUGUAGGAAAAAAAAAUUAAAGAAUAUUCAUAUAUCAAUCAUUACGAUGUGCAGGAUGACGAUGAGCGACUUCAUAAUUCACUGCAAAGCGAAAUAGGACCAAAACAAAUCUUUUCACCUUGUUCAGGCUGCCCAGCAGAAAGCUGCGUUGGAGCAGCAGUCCAUGCAGCUGACCAUGGAGUACCAGCAGAAGAAGGCGGAGGAAGAAAUGCAGAAGCAGCAGUUUGAAAUGGAGCAGAAGCAGCAGCAGAUGCAAAUGGCCAUGCAGCAAGAGAUGGCCAAGUUCCAAGACGGCGGCUCUUUGUUCAGCGGAAUGGGCUUCGGACAGAUGACGAUGCAGGGUUAAAUCGGGUGCCCAGGUCCGUCUUGAUGAAGACGUGCGGGGGAACUAAAAUUUCUGACUUCAUUAUGCACACGAUUUUUGACCAAGAAAUUUAUAGCACUUUCCACAUAAGAUACCUUUCGAAAACACCUUCUACAGUUAUGUUGACUACGAAUACAAAAAAGCAGCUGAUAACAGUAAGACCACAAUUGAAAAAUCGAUGUAUUUUGUCUAUACAGAUGACACAAUGUUGGUAAAUUCGAAUCGAAAUAAAGCCAAAAACGUAAAAUGUGGCAGCCUUUCCUCCUGUUUCUUCGUUUUCUAGUAACUUAGACACGUUGUGAAAGUAAGAUUCAUGAAUGAUAGCACAUACGAAUCUACCACGUACAGAUUUAAUAACGGGUGCCGCUUUCGGAAAGCGGUACCUGGAGACAAGUCUAAAAGCGGCGACCGUUUCAUAUGAGACCUAUUUCUAUUGGCAUGGAGACGAUUGAUUCAAAUGAACGAGAAAAUCUCGACAUCCAUUGAAAAUGGCCGACAUGUAGAUUCUGAUCGAUGAUUGAUGUGUGUCACCUGGUGAUGGUGUCGCCUUCGUGUCGUUUACGUUUUCUGGAGGAGUUUCGUGUUGAAUUUCCAUGGG